AUGGAAGAAGAACCUUCCUUAUACUCCACUUCACAUAUUCCUCAUCAUAAUUUACCUGACAUAGAUUCAACUUUACCUAGCUCCUUAGCCUCUCUUGCACCCACUGCACCUUCCUCUGUCCAUAAUAUAUCUCCUACACUUCCAUCAUCUCACACUCAAUUUUGGAGAUCCAGCAAACCUACUAGGCCUCCCAUUUGGACCAUUGACUUUAUGUGUCCUACUUUGCCCAACUCCAAUCAGAUUAGCCUCUUAAAAUACCCUAUUAACAAUUAUCUCACAUAUGCCAAUUUGUCACCAACAUAUCAGACCUGCUUGUCUAGUAUUUCAGCUCUCUCUAAGCCUACUUCCUUUACUCAAGCAUCCAAGGAUCCUAACUGGAUUGCAGCCAUGCAGCAAGAACUUCAGGCCCUGAAGAGAAAUGGUACUUGGUCCUUUGUUCCUCUACCCUCGGGAAAGACUCCAAUAGGGUGCAAAUGGGUUUACAAACUCAAAUAUCAUGCUGAUGGAACUCUAGAGAGAUAUAAGGCCAAGUUGGUGGCCAAAAGUUUUACACGGCAGGCUGGAAUUGACUAUGAGGAGACAUUCUCUCUAGUAGUGAAGAUGGUGACUAUAAGGCUGAUUUUGGCAAUUGCUUCUCUUAAAAACUGA